AAAGUAUACACACACACUUGAGAAAUUACCAUGAUGAACCACACUCCAUACCAGUGGGUGGCGGCAAGGAGCAACUUAAGUUCUUUUUCAGUUUUUUUUUUUUUUUUUUGCCAACCGCCUAUAAAAAAGAAGAAAAGCAGAAAUAGUUUGUGGCGUGACAUACUCUUGUACAGUAGGUGGCGGUAUGCACCUUAAGCUGUUUGCAAUACGCCAGUAAAAUAAAGGAAGAAGAAAAACAGAAGCGCUCCUGCUUCAGCCGCUGCAGAAACAUUCUUGCUGCGUCCCAACAAAAGUUUAAGUGUAAAAACUCUGGGGAAAAUGAGCCAUGUGGAAGAGCUGAAGUUGUUUGUGGCUGCGCGGCUACAUGCUGCCGCCUCUGAAAUCCUGUCUGUUAUCGUGAAAACAAUAAACAAUUACGAGGAAGAGACCGCCCGGCUGAAAGAGGAGAAUAAGCGUCACUCGUCUCUGUUGGAGAUUAAACUAAAAAAAAAGUUGCCGAAGAAAAAAGCUUGUCAUGUAACCAACAGUACCACUGCUGAGGUCGCUGCUAAGCCCACCAUUGACCCCACCGCUGACCCCAGGAACAAUCCAGAUGCUGAAGAUUCUGCUGCUGGCCCUUCUGCUCUGGACUUAGGAGAUAUUUGCAAGACCAAAAAACUCAUCUUCAACUCCAACAUUGAACAAUUUGUGAUCCCCUGUAUGUGUUCAGAAAAAAUCCAGGACAGAAGUCAUUGGCACUGCCCGUGCUGCGAGAAGAUCAUUUAUCGAAGAUGCACCUUGAAAGUCCACCUAUCAAAACAACACAAUUUUACUGUACUGCAUCCAGACCAAGUGACAGGGAACCAUCAUAUGCCUUUCAAUAUCUCAUUUGAAGAAGAGCCUUUCAGUCUUGAAGACUUGCGUCAGGAAGAGUUUAGCAGUCCAGAACAGCAGGAAAAAACAGCUUCACUGCUGCUUCCAAUGCAAAAAAAAGCAGCAACAGGGAGAUGUCUAAACGUGGUGGAUGCCAAACAUAACAGUCAACCAGAACAAUACAGUUUUCACCAAAAUCAAGCGCCAGAAGCUGGAACAGACAUCUGUUUGGACACCCGCAUCCAAGAUAUGAGGGAAGUUAUCAUUAUGGAAAAUAAUACCACUCAGGUUAUGGAAACUCGUCAGAAUAGUGGGGUUGGUAAGGUGCUGGACUCAGCUGGCAAAAUGCAGCACCCAAAUUUAACCAGUGUUGUGACAAAGGGCAAAUGCUUCAGCAACACUGGAGAAUCUAUGGCAAUCCAAGCUGCUUCCUCAAGUUCAGAUGGUCUUUGUCCACCAAGCAAAAAGCAUGCAAAAAAUCGAUCAGCAGACCUGAAUUUGAAUACGGUGAAAACAGAGUUACCUGCCAGUCAGGACUGCAUAGAAUCUUAUUACUGUACGGCAUGUGGAGAGAUUUUCCAUUACAUGCACAAACUGAAGAUGCACGUUCAGAAACAUGUAAGGGACAAAAUCUGUAUUUGUGGGAUUUGUGGAGAAAGUCUGGAGCGCAGCAAAAGUCUACAUAAACACCUGCAGAACCAUAACAAAAACAUUUGUGGCACAUUUGGUAGGCAGUUUUCAAGCAACUCCCGUCUGCAGCAGCAUAAGAGCUUUCAUCAACCAAAGACACGAAAUACAAAGUCAACGGCAUGACCACACAGAUGGGUGAAAUUCUGCAGGAAUCAAAUCUACCGUGAUUGUAGUCUUUCAGCAGUAAAAUCUUCUCAAAUGUAUCUUGUGUUGUACUGAUGGAACUGAUAUCAAACUGUUGCAGUGUCUCGUUCAGCAGUAGCCAUCCGU